AUGGCGUCAGGUGGUUCCUCACGCUCCCGCGUUGAUCAGUUCUUUUCUUCAAAGAAGAAGAAUAAGCUUGUUUCACCUGCUUUAAAAUCGGGAAUAGUUGAACAAAAUCCAAAACUCUCACUUGAAGGGUCUCCUAGUGCUAAAGGCUCUUUAUCCAGCUAUCUAGUGUCUUCACCAAAAAAUGAAAUUCGCCCUCAUAGGACUUUACCCACAGCUUGUGGGUCAUCUGAUAGACAAGAUCAAGUGAAAAGAAACCUCACAUCAGAGAUUGAUUCAUCUUCAAGAAAUGAAGAUGUGGAAACUAUAUCAUCUAGCAAAGGGCAUCAGUGUAAGCCUUCAGAAUCUAUGCAUGAGGUGGAGAACCCUGAAUUACAACAGUUUGCAGCUAAUUUUUUGUCAUUUUAUUGUAGUGAACUUCCAACUACAAAAGGUAAUACAAAUAAAAGGCAGGGUAGUCCAUGUAUGCUAGAUUUGGAAGAUAAAUCGAUUAAGAAGAGGCAUUUAAGUCAUGAGGAGGAUGAAACUGUUGGUUAUAAUGAGAAUCAACCCAAUCCAGUUCAUCAAUUUAGCUUGAGGAAAUGCAAUAGAACAUCCAUAGAAUCUGUUGAUGCGGAUGUGGCAUCAUGCAAUACACCAAACCUGGCAGAAGUCAAAGUUGGAGCUGAAAAAACUCCUCAGUCAAUGCAUGGAAGCUCCAUCUUUUCACCAGGAGACACAUUCUGGAGAGAGGCAAUCCAGGUGGCUGAUGGUAUGUCAUAUCAUAAUAAAAAAGAUCUUCCUGAACAAGGUGUUGAAGAAUCCAAAGGACAGAAUGGUAAUUCUAUGGACAAAGAGGUGUCCCCAUUACCCGUGAAGCAUUUUGAUUUUUCUUCUGAAGACAAAAAUAUGGUUGUGGAUACUUCAAACCAUGGCAUUGUAAAAAAUAUGGGCAGACUUGUUGAGUGUUGUAUAGCUGAUAAGAACCUAACAACAACCAUGGAUAUGAGCACUACCCCUUGCAACCAAGUUCAAUCUUUGUGUAAAUUGCAAGAGACAACAACUUCGAGUUGUGUAAUUACCAAAAGGAGAGCUGAAGUAUCGAAUCAACCUAAUGAUGACAAAACAUCUGAUACGCCAUCUACAGACAUCAAAACUUGUAAUGUAAAAUUUCUUAACCGUGUAGAAAGUACCCCAUCAAGUUCCAUGCCUCCCAAUGAUCGUUUGGAUAUUAGCAAUUGGCUCCCUUCUGAGUUAUGCAUAACAUAUAAGAAGCGAGGAAUAUCAAAACUGUAUCCAUGGCAGGUGGACUGCCUUCAGGUGGAUGGGGUGUUACAAAAAAGGAACCUUGUGUAUUGUGCAUCUACAAGUGCUGGGAAAAGUUUUGUUGCAGAAAUCUUGAUGUUACGUAGAGUGCUGUCAACAAGAAAAGUGGCAAUUCUUGUUCUUCCUUAUGUCUCAAUUUGUACAGAGAAGGCAGAACAUCUUGAAGCCUUACUGGAACCACUUGACAAGCAUGUUCGCAGUUACUAUGGAAGCCAAGGUGGAGGAACGCUUCCUAAAGAUACAUCUGUUGCUGUUUGCACAAUUGAGAAGGCAAACUCUCUGCUCAAUAGAUUGCUUGAAGAGGGGCGUUUGUCAGAAGUUGGGAUCAUAGUAAUUGAUGAACUUCACAUGGUUGGAGAUCAGCACAGGGGGUAUCUGUUGGAACUUAUGUUAACAAAGCUUAGGUAUGGAGCUGGUGAAGGCAGGGUGGAGUUUUCAAGUGGAGAAAGUUCAGGGUCAAGCAGUGGGAAAAGUGACCCCACUCAUGGUCUUCAAAUUGUUGGAAUGAGUGCCACUUUACCUAAUGUCAAUGCAGUUGCUGAUUGGCUUCAAGCAGCUUUAUACCAGACAGAUUUCCGACCUGUUCCACUUGAGGAGUAUAUCAAAGUUGGAAACUCAAUUUAUAACAAAAAGAUGGAACUUGUUAGAACAAUCCCAAAAAGAGCUGAUCUUUGUGGUAAAGAUCCUGAUCAUAUUGUAGAGUUAUGCAAUGAGGUUGUCCAAGAGGGUCAUUCAGUGUUGAUCUUUUGUUCAAGUCGUAAAGGAUGUGAAUCAACUGCUAGGCAUGUUGCAAAGUAUCUUAAGCAAUUCUCUGUGAAUACCCUUAAUGGUGAAAAUGAAUAUCCUGAUAUUGCUUCUGCCAUUGAUGCAUUGCAAAAAUCUCCAGCAGGAUUAGAUCCUGUAUUAUCUGAAACACUUUCUUCAGGUGUUGCCUAUCACCAUGCUGGUCUUACAGUUGAAGAAAGAGAAAUUGUUGAAAACUGCUAUCGUAAAGGUUUAGUACGUGUGUUAACUGCCACAUCAACAUUAGCAGCUGGAGUGAAUCUUCCUGCAAGAAGAGUUAUCUUCAGACAACCUCGUAUUGGUCGUGAUUUUUUAGAUGGGACAAGAUACAGACAAAUGUCUGGGCGGGCGGGUCGCACCGGAAUUGAUACAAAAGGAGAGAGUGUGCUAAUAUGCAAGCCUGAGGAAGUGAAAAGAAUUGUGGCACUCGUUGGUGAUUCAUGUCCACCAUUGCAUUCUUGUUUGUCAGAAGAUAAGAAUGGAAUGACACAUGCAAUCUUAGAAGUUGUUGCUGGUGGAAUUGUUCAAACUGCUAAUGAUAUCCAUCGAUAUGUUAGAUGCACUCUUCUGAAUUCAACACAACCAUUUGAAGAUGUUGUAAAAUCAGCAAAAGAUUCUCUCAUGUGGCUGUGUCAUAGGAAGUUUCUUGAGUGGAGUGAAGAUACCAAGUUAUAUAGUACCACACCUCUUGGCCAUGCUUGUUUUGGAAGCUCUCUUUGUCCUGAGGAGUCACUUAUUGUGCUGGAUGACCUUUCAAGGGCGAGAGAAGGAUUUGUUCUUGCAUCAGAUUUGCACUUGGUUUACCUGGUAACACCAACUAAUGUUGAUGUUGAGCCAGAUUGGGAAUUAUACUAUGAAAGAUUUAUGCAAUUACCUGCACUAGAUCAAUCUGUUGGAAAUCGUGUUGGAGUGAAAGAACCGUUUUUGAUGCGAAUGGCUCAUGGAGCUCCAACUCGCACUUCAGAUAGAUCAAGGCGUGAUAUAAAAGGACUUGGUGUUUCAACCAAUAACACCCUUACAGAUGAUCAAAUGCUUCGUGUCUCUAAGAGAUUCUAUGUUGCACUCAUCCUUUCAAGACUUGUACAGGAAGCACCUGUGACAGAGGUUUGUGAAGCUUUUAAGGUGGCACGUGGAAUGGUUCAAUCUUUACAAGAAAAUGCUGGAAGGUUUGCAUCCAUGGUUUCAGUUUUUUGUGAAAGACUCGGUUGGCAUGAUCUUGAGUCACUGGUUUCCAAGUUCCAAAACCGUGUUUCAUUUGGUGUAAGAGCUGAGAUUGCUGAGCUUACCACCAUUCCAUUUGUCAAGGGUUGUAGAGCUAGGGCACUUUACAAAGCUGGCUUGCGUACUACCCAAGCAAUUGCUGAAGCGUCCAUUCCCGAAAUUGCAAAAGCAGUUUUUGAAUCUUCAUCAUGGGAUGCACAAGAUAAUUCAUUACAAAGACGUAUUCAAUUGGGAGUUGCUAAAAAGAUAAAGAAUGGUGCACGAAAGAUUAUCCUGGAAAAAGCUGAAGAAGCAAGGGAUGCUGCCUUUUCAGCUUUUAAAGCUCUUGGAGUUGAUGUUCCUCACUUUUCUCUACCCAAAUCAACAACACCUUCUGUUAAAGAAAGUGAUUCCCAACAUAAUACCAAGUUAACAACCGAAGAAAAACCACCAGAAGAAAACUCAGAUGAUACCACCUUAAGUAAAUCAAGUGCAAAUGAAGUUAUUUCUACUCAAAAAGAGCAUGAGAGAGCAGAUGUAUGUGUUGGUAAUAAAGAAAAAGGUCCCAUGAGUGCUGUUAACAUUCCUGGUGGAUUUGAUUCUUUCUUGGAUAUGUGGGACUCCACAAAUGAAUUCUUUUUUGACAUUCACUUCACAAAAGGAUCUGAAUUCCACUCGAUUGCUCCUUUUGAAUUACUUGGAUUCGCAAUCUGCUGGGAAGAUUCUCCUGUUUACUAUAUCAGUGUUCCCAAGGAUUUAUUUUCAUCCAACACAAAGAGAAACAAAAACCCUAAUAAUAUUUCAUCUCCAGAAGAUGAGCUUGAGAUGGCAAAGCAAAGAUGGAGUAGAGUUGGUAUGAUAAUGGGAAAAACACAAGUCCGAAAAUUCACAUGGAAUUUGAAAAUUCAAAAUCAGGUGUUGAAGUUACCCGCUGUUUCAGUUCAGAAAUUUGGGAACAUGAUUCAGUCAAAAAAAAGUAUGGAGCUCGUUAAUGGAAGCCACUAUAUGUUCUCUCCAGUUCAUGUAAAAGAUGCUAUCGACUUAUGUGUUGUAGUCUGGAUUCUUUGGCCCGAUGAAGAAAGAAGUUCAAACCCUAAUUUGGAAAAAGAAGUGAAAAAAAGGUUAUCUAGUGACGUGGCAGCAUCUGCAAAUCAAAACGGUCGGUGGAAAAAUCAGAUGCGAAGAGCUGCACACAACGGUUGCUGUAAGCGCACAGCUCAAACACGAGCUUUGUCAUCAGUUCUCUUGAAGUUACUAACAUCCGAGAAGCUUCUAGAACCAUUAGUAAGGAUCGAGAUGCCAUUAGUGAAUGUUCUUUCUGAUAUGGAAGUUUCCGGAAUAGGUGUUGACAUGGAGGGGUGUAUACAAUCGCGUCUUGUGAUUGGUAAAAAACUGAGAUCUCUUGAAAGCGAAGCUUAUAAAUUGGCGGGUACGAGGUUUUCUUUGUACACGUCAGCAGAUAUUGCAGAUGUGUUGUACAACCGGUUAAAGCUGCCAGUUCGGGAAGGGUAUAAAGGGAAACAACACCCCAGUACUGACAAACAUUGUUUAGAAUUAUUAAGGUUUGAGCAUCCUAUUGUUCCUGUUAUUAAAGAACACCGGACAUUAGCCAAGCUUUUAAACUGUACAUUGGGUUCCAUUUGUUCACUUUCUAAGUUAUCUAUGAAGACUCAAAGAUAUACACUUCAUGGACAUUGGCUCCAAACUUCAACAGCAACAGGAAGGUUAUCCAUGGAGGAUCCCAAUCUUCAGUGUGUCGAGCAUAUGGUUGAAUUCAAGAUAGAUAGCAAUGAAAAAGAAGGCGAUGAUUCAGACAUGGAACUCUACAAAGUAAAUCCUCGUGAUUUCUUCAUUCCAACUCAGGAAAACUGGUUAUUAGUAACUGCAGAUUAUUCUCAGAUAGAACUGAGAUUAAUGGCUCAUUUUUCUAAAGACCAAUCACUGAUUGAUCUUCUGACAAAGCCUCUUGGUGAUGUGUUCAACAUGAUCACUGCUAAAUGGUCAGGAAAAGAAGAGUCUUUAGUGGGCCCCAAAGAGAGAGAUCAAACGAAAAGAUUGAUUUAUGGGAUUUUAUAUGGUAUGGGUGCAAAUUCACUUGCUGAACAGCUGGAAUGCAGUCCAGAUGAUGCUAGAGACAAAAUUCAGAGUUUCAAAAGAUCUUUUCCUGGUGUUGCUUCAUGGCUUAAAGAAGCUGUUGCAAUCUGCCAUAAAAAGGGUUAUGUGGAAACUUUGAUGGGAAGGAAGCGGUUUUUGGCGAAAAUUAAGUUUGGAAAUAGUGAAGAAAAAUCAAAAGCUCAGAGACAGGCUGUGAAUUCCAUUUGUCAGGGAUCUGCAGCUGAUAUAAUAAAAGUUGCAAUGAUAAGUAUACAUGCUGUGAUAGGUGAAGGUGAAGGUGUUGACAAGUCAACGCCUAGCAAUAGCAUCCAAUUUGCUGAAAGAUUCCAUAUGCUUAAGGGUCGUUGUAGAAUCCUUCUACAGGUACAUGAUGAAUUAAUACUAGAAGCUGAUCCAUCUGUUGUGAAUGAAGCUGGAUUGCUGCUAAAGUUGAGCAUGGAAAACGCUGCCUCACUUCUAGUUCCAUUGAUGGUGAAAUUGAAGUGUGGAAGAACAUGGGGAUCUUUAGAACCAUUAACGAUGGAGAUCAUGAUCAUGCUGCAUGCAGAAAAGAAUCAACCAAUUGGGGUAGUGUAA